AUGGAAGAAUAUCUAAAACAACACGAGCCCUUGAGGGCCUGGAGCACUCAAACGCAAAAGCCACUAAUUGAAGACAGAGAGUUUGCCGUCCUGCGCCCCUGGACUCAAUACCUUCCUCCGACCCUGCCAACCCAUCUGGCCAAUGGGGUCAAUUUGUCUCCAUUUGUGGCCCAGCACAGCCAGGCGCUGAACGUCAAUGAACCCAAGCCCACCCUCACCAAAUUGGCUAAUGGCGAUCUCUCUCCCCACCUGGCCCAAAGGGCUAGCCAGCCCUCGCUCAUUCUGCACACCUUAAUCAACAAAUCCCUCAACAUCAACGAGCCUUCCGAGGCCACUCCCACCCAGGGCCCAUUUCUCUUCUCUGGCACCUAA